AACAAAUCACAUGAAAUUGGAUAAGAACUCAGGUUGUGUUUGGUUAGGCGUAAAAUAUUUUUCGAGAAAUUUUUUAUUCCAUUUUCAUGUGUUUGGUGAUAUUAGUAGAAUGAAAAUAUUUUUUUACCAAACAAUGAGCUAUAUGAUUGAAAAAUAAUUUUUUUAGAAUAAUUUUUCUUUAGAAAAUAUUAUUCAAUUUUUUUUAUCCCAAACCAAACUCAAUCUUAAUAAAUUUUCCCUAAAGAGGAAUAACGGCCUUCCCUAUAUCACAUUAUCACCUACGCGGUCGGGCUACCCGCCGUAUAGAACUCGAGUAGAAGAAGAUCGCGCAGCACGAAUCUAUCCCCCCCUUUUUUUUAUUUUUUAAAUUUCUCCCAUGAAUCCAUGACGGGUGGUAAAGAAAUUCAGAAGAAAGCAUCAAUUGGAAACGGAUCCGGGAAGGGCAAGAAUAAGAAGAACAAGACGAAGAACAAGAGAGGGGGCAAUAAGAGGAAGGCGGCCCCGGAUCAGUCCUCCGCUCACACUUCUGUCUGCGAAUGGGUUUUCCUGGACCAGAAGAGCUCCGGUAAGAAUCUCGAUGGCGAUUUUCUGGUGCACAGCAAUCAGCGCAGAGAGAAUCUGGUGUUUGAAAUGCACUGCCAUUCUAAUCACAGUGAUGGGUUCUUGCCCCCUUCCAAGGUUGUCGAAAGAGCACAUCAGAAUGGGGUCAAAGUUCUAGCUUUGACCGAUCAUGAUACGUUAUCUGGAAUACCUGAAGCCCUGGAAGCUGCCAGCAGAUUCGGCAUUAAAAUCAUUCCAGGCGUUGAAGUCAGUGCAAUUUUCUUCCCAAGAGGGGAGCCUGGAUCAGAAGAACUGGUUCACAUCCUUGCAUAUUACAGCAGUUGUGGGCCAACAAAGGCUGACAAAGUGGAAAAGAUGUUGCGUGAUAUAAAGGAAGGCCGCUUUGUACGUGCAAAAAGCAUGGUUUCGAAACUCAAUCAACUUAAAUUUCCACUUAAAUGGGAAGCAGUAUUGAGAAUUGCAGGCAAAGAUGCAGCUCCUGGGAGGGUGCAUGUUGCCCGUGCCAUGGUUGAAGCUGGAUAUGUCGAGAAUUUAAAACAGGCUUUUGCUUGGUACCUUUAUGAUGGAGGGCCCGCAUAUGCUACGGGAAGUGAGCCGGUUGCAGAGGAAGCUGUGAAAAUAAUAUGUGAAACAGGAGGCAUUGCGGUAUUGGCACAUCCAUGGACUUUAAAGAAUCCAGUGGCUAUCGUAAGAAGAUUGAAAGAAGCUGGCCUUCAAGGGAUAGAGGCUUACAGAAGUGAUGGAAAAGUGGAACCAUACAUUAACUUGGGUGACACCUACGAUCUAGUGAAGCUCGGUGGGUCCGAUUUCCAUGGAAAAGUUGGCGAGCACGAGUCUGAGUUAGGAAGUGUGAGCCUCCCGGUUUUGGCUGUGCACGAGUUCCUGAAGCGGGCCCGCCCAAUCUGGCGACGUUCCAUUGCAGAUAUCUUGGAGAAUUAUGUUGACCAUCCUACCGAGUCAAAUUUUCAGCUCAUAAAGAAAUAUUGUGGAAGGCCCAAGAGGAGUGGUUCUGCCAAUGAGUUUAUCACCCAAUGCUUGUCUUCCUGGCUAACAAUUGAGGAAAGACAGAAUGCAGAGUUUGAGGCCAUCAAGCUAAAGGUUUCUGGCAUGUCUAUUGACACGUAAAAAGAUUCCAAGAGCACAUUCCUGAAACAUGUUUCUCUUAGCUUGGAGCGUAAUGGUCAAAGGGCGUGCAUUGACGACAAUGAACAAUCCUGCAUAAUGUGAGACAGAUCUCAUUCCCUAUUUAUGAUUAAAGUUUAACUUACUUAGUUCCAAGCUAUUCGGGUUUGCCAGGGAGAGAGACCUAGGAUGAGUUCAUCUUUUUUCCAUGGUAGAGUGCAAUCUUUUGUCAUGGGAACCUUGCCCUAAUUAUUGACUCUCUUACCACAUAUGUCCAUACAUAUAUUUUCAACCUAUUGAAAUACGAAAUGUUAGUGUUUUCGUUGUUCUCGACAGAGUUUAGACUUGGAUAAAUUUUACAUCUAAAAUCUUUUCUAGGCGGUCCUAUCACCACUCGAAUCAAGGGAAAAGUUUGUA